AUGUUAUCGGUUAAUUUUGUAUUUGUUAAAUUGGUGUUUUUGACAGAAAAGCAGUUGGACAUUAACAUGGAAACCCAGCACUUCCGCCUGGAAACUGAGCGCCUUCGUGCUGAAAAUAAAAGCCUACUGAACAAAUUGGAUGACACCCGGAAGGCCCUCAAGAAGCAGGAUGACCUUAUCGCCGCAAAUCAGGUUCUUCAUAAGCAAAUGGAACUACACGCUGGUCGUCUUGCCGAAGCGCAUUCUCAAGGCAAGUACCAGCAUAGUAGUCUUCUAAAAAGUGUUAAUUUUAGUAUCAGCGGUUCUGCAUUAUAG